AUGAAUCCCAAUAACCACGACAAAUCCCCGUCUACCCGUCACUCCUCAAUGGAGUCAGUCCAGCCUCCAAGCCUUCCUGAAAUUGUGGUAUUGAAGAAGCGCAAAAUUGCAAUUGAGGGCCAGAUCAAAGACGAAACACGAGGAUGGAGGGCACGCGCUUCGUUUGAUAUGGUAUUCUGGACGCAGGCUGUUAAAAUCGAAGAGCUUGAGAUCAAACACCAUGAGCUCGCCAGAAAAAUCUCCAUUUGCAAGUCUGGGGUUAGCGAAACACAAUGGAGCGAUACUCCUGAAGCUCAGCGAAUCUUCGAGCAAACCAACGCCUCAAACCAGAGGAAGCGGAGCUACGAAAAGCGCAUUAAGGAACUCAGCAACCAGCGGGGCUCAAUUCGAGCUUCAUUUAUGAAGCUUUUUACAACCUCAAAGCUUGGACUUGAUAUCGCAACCACGGGCUCCGGAAAAAGAAGCUCGGAAGAACAGUCAAAAUUCAGACAAGCCCUAAUCGAUUCAUACCAAGUUAGACAACCAGGCACCGGAUAUCUCUGGUGUCCUAUUAUGAGGGCCUACAUUGACUCUGAUAUGGUUGUCGCAGGACAUCUUUUCCCCUGGAAACAUGGACAACAUAUCGAGAAGGUCUUUGACAACGGCAAAAUGGCGAUUGUCCCAUACAUUUCUGAAAGUACGAGUUUUUGCUUGGACAAUAUCAAGAGCUGGAUUACAAGCAAGCAGAGAGAAUACCAGGUUAAGAUUUUGGAUCCAAAAUGGGACCGACUGGACUCUCGCAUUUACAGCUUCAACCCACUUACGUUCAGAGACCUUGAUGGCCGCAAGUUACAUUUCCUCUCUUCAUUUCGACCAGCAGCAAGAUAUCUCUAUUUUCAUUACUGCAUCCAGGUACUGCGACUUGCUUGGCAACACAGUGAAGCAAAAAGUCCAAGAAAAGCCGCGGAUGCUCUAAAGGAUGAGAACGGCAAGCCAUACUGGGGCACACCUGGUAGAUAUCUGCCAAAAAACAUGCUCCUGGCAUUUGUUGAAGAGCUUGGGCACGAGUACAAGUCUCUUCUCGAUGGAGCAGGUUCCAACAAGAAAGGGGACUCUGACUUCCUAUUGGAUAUUGCUGCAAAUCAAGUGAAAUCACGUCCGUCUAUUUUAGGUGAUUCUUGGGAGCAGGAAGAUUUGGGAUUGGACUCAGACUAUGAUGAUUUUGACAACGAGGACUAG